CCGCUCCUCUGGGCGGGCCCGGCAGCGCGCGGAGUGGUUAUGGCUAGCGCGGCUGCCCGGAGGGCCCGGCGCAGAGUCCGGGGAGUGCCGCCGGCCGGGGCGCGGGCCCGCUCGGCCGAGGACUGGUGGUGGGAUCGGCUGGCGCCGAGCGGCUCCGGGUACCACCUGCUGCAGGCGGACAGCAUGCUGCUGGUGCUGCCCGGCCCGGGACCCGCGCCCGCGCCUGCGCCCGCUCCUGCCCCCGAGCUGCAGCAGGGGCCCGACCCGGGCUGGGGCGACCGCCUCCCCUUGGAAAUCCUGCUGCAGAUUUUCGGGCUGCUGGUGGCGGCCGAUGGGCCCAUGCCCUUCCUCGGCAGGGCUGCACGCGUGUGCCGCCGCUGGCACGACGCCGCCUCCCAACCCGCGCUCUGGCACACCGUGACCCUGUCGCCCCCACUGACUGGCCGCCCCACCCUUGGCGGGGCCAAAGCCGAGAAGAAGCUCCUUGCUUCCCUGGAGUGGCUUAUGCCCAAUCGGUUCUCACAGCUCCAGAGGCUGACCCUCAUCCACUGGAAGUCCCAGGUAUACCCCGUGUUGAAGCUGGUUAGCGAGUCCUGUCCUCGGCUCACCUUCCUCAAGCUUUCUGAUUGCCACGGUGUGACCCCUGGCACUCUGAUCAUGCUAGCCAAAGCCUGCCCCCAGCUCCACAGCCUGGACAUACAGCACUCCUUGGUGGAGUCUACCGCCGUGGUAAGCUUCUUGGAGGAGGCUGGGCCCCGAAUGCGAAAGCUGUGGCUGACCUACAGCUCCCAGACAACAGCCAUCUUGGGUGCGCUGCUGGGUAGCUGCUGCCCCCAGCUCCAGGUCCUGGAGGUGAGCACCGGCAUCAACCGCAACAGCACUCCCCUCCAGCUGCCUGUUGAGGCCCUGCAGAAAGGCUGCCCCCAGCUACAGGUGCUGCGGCUGCUAAACCUGAUGUGGCUGCCCAAGCCUUCUGGGCGAGUGGUGACUCCUGGCCCAGGCUUCCCCAGCCUUGAGGAGCUCUGCCUCGCCAGCUCCACCUGCAACUUUGUGAGCAAUGAGGUCCUGGGCCGCCUGCUCCAUGGCUCCCCUAACCUGCACCUGCUGGAUCUUCGUGGCUGUGCCCGCAUCACGCCUGCUGGCCUACAUGAUCUGCCGUGUCAGGAGCUGGAGCAGCUUCAUCUGGGCCUGUAUGGCAUGUUGGACCGGCUAACUCUAGCUAAGGAGGGCAGCCCCCUUUUGACCCAGAAAUGGUGCCACACGCUGCGGGAACUGGACUUGAGUGGCCAGGGUUUCAGCGAGAAGGACCUGGAUCAGGCCCUAGCUGCCUUUUCAGGCAUCCCUGGGGGCUCACACCCGGCCCUGUGCUCCCUCAACCUCAGGGGCACCCGGGUCACACCAAGCAGUGUCAGCUCUGUGAUCAGCAGUUGCCCAGGCCUGCUGUACCUCAACCUGGAGUCCUGCCGCUGCCUUCCCCGGGGUCUGAAGCGGGCCUACCGGGGCCCAGAGGAAGUCCAGUGGUGCCUGGAACAGCUGCUCACCAGCCUUCCCUCCCCCAGCUAGGCAGCUCCAGACCCCAGACCCCGUGGUCAGCCAGCCCUGCCUUGCACCCUUUCCCAGUUUUGGAUGUUUGAGCACUUUGUUAGAAUAAAAUGUUUU